AUGUUAGCUGGUUUACUUCGGAAGGGUCAACCAAAUAAAAAUGGUUAUGAUCAAGAUGCUUAUAUGAAUGGAUCUAACAAUAAUCCAACACAGAUCAUUAAUAAUCGUUUAAACGGUGUUUUGGAUCCUCAUGGAAUAUCAGCAUUACAUUUAAAUAGUAAUGGCAACGGUAUAGGCAAUGGAAAUAGUUAUUCGAUAAAUGGUUCUACUGUCAAUUCAAAUCCAAAUUCAAAUCCUUUAGAUAAUAUUUCAGAUUCUAUGUUGUUGAAAUUGUUUGGAACAACGUCGUUUGAGACAAAAUAUAGAAACAGUGGUGUCUUGCCAAAUAGUUUCAAAAAUAUAGAACACACAAGAAAUAGCAUUCAUGGAUUGUCAAAUACAAAUAAGUUUGUGAGCGAUUCAUUUAGAUUGAUUGUUGCAGAGGAAACGGGACAAAUGGCAUCGAUAAAUAACCAUAGGUUUAUAAUAGACACGACUUUCCCUAAAAAUUCAAGCAUGUCCCAUAUAAGAAAUAGCGAAUUAAAGGAAUAUAUCUUUGGUUCUCCAUUAAGACUAUCUGAAUCAACGAAAUCGGAUAAGUUUAGAACAAUUCCAAAUUCAAAUAUGACAUUAAUUAUAAGAUCCUUCACUUAUUCUUCAAAAUUAUCAAAUAAAUUAGCAAUAUGUUUAUGUGUUCCAACAAAUUAUUUUCCUGUUAUUACAGAAGGCUGGUCCGCAAUAUCACAAUGGUUAGACUACACUCAAAAAAUAAUAUUAGUAAUGACUAAAAAGGGAAUACAUCAAAAACAUUCACCUUGUCCAGUAACCAUAAAAAAUGGUGCCAUAAAUAACCCAGAAACAAGAGCAACAACAGGUUACACUUUUUACAAUAACAUGAGCCAAGAGUUGUUGGUCAAUAAGUCUGUCAACUCACCAUUUAAGAACAAUGAUGCAUCAUCAUCUUCGUUAUUAUCCAUCGAUGCAAGGUUCAAAAACACGCCUGAUGUCGAUAAAAUUAUACAAAAAUUACAAAAAGUGGUAAUGCCAUGUUUGCAAUCUUUAUACAGUAUCCCUAGACUAUUUAUAUUCCCUGAAAACUCAAUUGCAUACAUAGAUUGUUGGCUUCAAGAAAUAUUUUCAUGGUUAGAAAUAAAAGAUGGACCCAAUUCCUCGUUUUUACCAAGUUUACUCGCAAAAAUUAUUAUAGACUACAAAGAAUCCAUGUCUGGUGAUACAUCCGAUAGAAUUGUCGUUAUGACAGGUAGUACAGUUGUUGCUGAUAAAUUAACAUUUAUAAUAGCAGGUUUAUUAGAACCAAAAAAUUUGAAGUUAAAUCUAAAAUCUAGUCACUCUAAUAUAUCAAUAUACCAGCCAAGCUCAAAUUCAACGUUUCCAGACGCUACAACUUUAAAUGAGAAGACUGAACUAUUGUCGUUGAACGUGAAUUCAAGUGGUCAAAUUCCUAGUUUCGAGAAUAUCAAUAAUACAAAAGACAAACAUGAGGCUUGCAAAAGCCACAGUUCAUCAAGCAAUGAUUUAAUGAAAAUUUCACCAAAUUCACCUGCAGCGUCAGAUAAAAUACAUUCUUCAAGAAGAGGAUGGGAAAUCCCCAAGAAAAAUGUUACGCAGAAUGUAACAACUUUAUCACCUGGGGAAUCAUUUGCCCAUGUGAUACAACCAUCUUCGAUCAAUAGUGGUGGUAGUUUAAAUCAAUUGCAUGCAUCCUUAUCAAGCAGCCAGUCUGGUUCAUAUGGCUCUUGGUUUAAACAGAUGCCAUCACUUUCUCAUUUUAUGCAACAUAGUAAUUCCUUAAAAUCAAACGAUUCGUGGGAUAGACCAGCUUCAUCUAAUAUGGGAUUACAAAGAACCACAAGUAAUACAUCUGUUCAACAGGCAAGAUUGAAUUUUGGUAUUACACCUCAACCCUCACCUUCUAUCAGCACAUAUGAUGAAUAUCCGUGGUUUGAUACGCCAUCUUCUUCCCAAAUCGAUACAAAUGUUUUAUCGACUACGCAUGCUACGGCACAGCCAAUAGUGGGAGCCAAUGGUUUUUUAUACGCUAAUUCCCCAGCAAAAUCUUAUACCAGUAAUUUAUCAAUCCCUUCUACUUUAACAGCAACUGAAGCAAUUGGACAAUUUGGUUCUAGCUUAACAAAUUCACACAAACAAAUGGAUAGAAAUACUGGUGCGUCUGUAUCGUGGCCCAUCAAAGAUAUAUCUGAUGUAUCUGAUAUAAAGAAAGAGAACAUAAAUCUAGAAAGAUCGAGGAGACAUGUAGUUCAAGACGGUAGACUAGAUGACGCUUUCGAUAAGAUAUGUAAUUUUGAUCGGGUGGAAGAUUUAAAGUAUACCUUGACACCAAGCAAUGCACAACACGCAGGUACGUUGGAACUCGAUAUGGCAGAACUUGCAACAGAAGAGAGCAUGGUUGAAAAUCAACACCAUUAUACUGAAUUAUUGCCGCGUUAUACAUCGUAUCUCAGUAUGUACAACAGUUGGUUCAAACUGCAAGCCAUACAAUUAAACUCCGACUCAAAGUUUAGGAUUGUGGAUUCAAUGAAAAAAGAUUUGGAGAACAAAGACGGUGUUUCGAUUGAAAAGACUUUAAUGAUAGUUUUGGGAUCGAGGGAGAUCCAUGAAGUAUCUGUCAGAAAAGAGAACAAUAAAUUAAUGCAGAAAAAUAAAAAUGUGUUUAGUAAUGGAAAAAUUACUAAAUCGUCGGCAACUUCAAACCACAAAUAUAAAGAUGACGGCACUUUUGACAUCGCGGAAGACGAUACGUUGAAACAAUCGACGGAUGAGUAUCGUAAUGAAUUGUCCAAUUGCCUCUUAUUCAUAGAAUAUACAAUUAAAAGUGCCAAGGAAUUGUACAGCGACACGGAAAUAUCAGACGAAAAGAGGGAUAAAGAAAUAAUGAAACUAUAUCUAGGCCUUUUCCAUUACAAAUAG